ACUCCCAAAGCCCAAAGGUAGGGCAAAACACAACUACGCGGCCGAAACCAUUGUCCCGCAGCCGGCUCUAUAAUCAUUCUAUCGGUUAAACCAUCAAAAGGCGAGUCUUGCGAACCCUCCACUGCCGUUGCCGCUGCCUAUUUUGAGAGAGAGAGAGAGAAUGGAGGAAGCGGGACGAGAGAAAGAGGUGGUGACACCAGGGGAAGUCCUGGGAAAGGCAUCCGACGUGAGGGCAGGGAGAGGCGCCUACGUGGCGCCCCACAACAACUUGGUCUACGCUUCCCUCACUGGCUUCCGCCGCAUCGUCUCCCCUCCUCCCGACUCCCCCGACCAGGAUCAGAGACCCACUGUGGAAGUAACUCAUCACAAGGCCCAUGGUGUUAUUCCAGAACCGGGAUCCGUGGUUCUUGCCCGAGUUACUAAAGUGAUGGCUAAGAUGGCUUCAGCUGAUAUUAUGUGUGUUGGUCCCAAGUCUGUUCGAGAAAAGUUUACUGGCAUAAUUAGGCAACAAGAUGUUAGAGCAACUGAGAUUGAUAAAGUGGAUAUGCACUUAUCUUUUCGUGCUGGUGACAUUGUCAGGGCUCUCGUGCUGUCCCUUGGAGAUGCUCGAGCUUAUUAUCUAUCAACUGCACAGAAUGAAUUGGGUGUUGUGUCUGCCGAGAGUACGUCAGGUGCAACAAUGGUUCCAAUAAGUUGGACAGAGAUGCAAUGCCCAUUAACAGCCCAAAUUGAGCACAGAAAGGUUGCUAAGGUUGGAGGUUGACAAGCUCAAAUCAAACGAAGCUACAUAGAGUCUCGAAUCCGCCUUAUUUCCCCUUUAAAUUUCCGAUAGGGGAAGUAUACAUAGGAAGUUAUGAUUAAUAUCUGAAUAUGAUCAUUGUUUGGUACAAGCUUCAGUAGCUUUUUCUAUGCUUAUUUUUGUAAGGUGGUAUCUUCCAUUACAAACUGCCCCAUGCACCAUGUACAUGUGGCAUAGACUUAGGGUUUUCAAACUGGAUUUCUCAUUGAUUUAUAGGUUUGUUUUUUCAUGUUUCAGUUUAGGAAAUUGGUGCGGUUCUUGGGUGUACCAACGUACAAAAUCUAAUUUCAGUAUAAACUUUAUUACAGCAUUCA